AUUCUUGAAGACCUGGAUGAGCAAAUUUAUAUUAUUACCCUGGAGGAAGAAGCACUCCAGAGACGCCUAAAUGGGAUGUCUUCAUCGGUAGAAUGCAACAUAAUGGAGUUGGAGCAAGAACUUGAAAAUGUAAAGACUCUUAAGACAAAACUAGAAAGGCGAAAAAAGGCUUCAGCAUGGGAAAGAAAUUUGGUGUAUCCUGCUGUUAUGGUUCUACUUCUUAUCGAGACAUCCAUCUCGGUCCUUCUGGUGGUGUGUAAUAUUCUUUGCCUAUUGGUUGAUGAAACAGCAAUGCCAAAGGGAACAAGGGGCCCUGGAAUAGGACAUGCUUCUCUCUCUACUUUUGGUUUUGUGGGAGCUGCACUUGAAAUCAUUUUGAUUUUCUAUCUUAUGGUGUCUUCCGUUGUUGGUUUCUAUAGCCUCCGAUUUUUUGGAAACUUUACACCCAAGAAGGAUGACACAACCAUGACAAAGAUCAUUGGGAAUUGUGUGUCCAUCUUGGUCUUGAGCUCCGCUCUGCCUGUGAUGUCCAGAACACUGGGAAUCACUAGGUUUGACCUACUUGGAGACUUUGGAAGGUUUAAUUGGCUGGGCAAUUUCUAUAUUGUCCUGUCCUACAAUUUACUCUUUGCCAUUGUGACAACAUUGUGUCUGGUCAGAAAAUUCACCUCUGCUGUACGAGAAGAACUUUUCAAGGCCCUAGGGCUUCAUAAACUCCACUUAUCCAAUACUUCAAGGGAUGCAGAAGCAACCAAGCCAUCUGCAAAUGGGCAUCAGAAAGCACUGUGAGACCCCCCGGUGGGCAAGCAUUCUGCAAGCAAGAGCCCCGAGAGGUUGAACUUGUGACAUUCCUGCCUGCCAGAUGUAGAGUGUUUUCACACUGACCUCGGUGCAUGUUUAGGGCCUGGGCCUAGCAGUGUCUUUUUGUUGUAAUCUAAGAACUUGGCUAUUGCUGAUCUUGUUUUUUAAAUUUGGCUUUCUGGUAAACCCGAUGGUUUCCAGUUCAGCACAGGUUCCUGGAGACAUACAGGAAAGCACACGUCUGUGGCUGUGUCAUCCUGAUGUGAAAAUGUGUCAGAAAUGGCCAGCCGAGACUUUGGAGGAGGCACUUAGUUCCCCUUGUGUGUUUCACUCCGCGUGGAGACACCUACCCAGAAGGCUCCCUGGCACCAAGGGAGGUUUGCAGGCCUGAUGGAAACUGCUUGUAGAGGCCGUCACUGCAGCGGCCACACCAGAACAAUAAUUGGAAAUUCAUUUUUUAUUUCCUUAAAAAAAAUACAGUUUCCGAUUUAGAUUACAGAAUUUUCACUAGACUUUGAGACAAGGAAAAAUGUUAAAUUCUUUUAAACCCUAAGCCUUGGUGACAAGCCACAGGAGCAUCUUCCGUGUUCCUUAAAGGACACUCUGGUGAGUGUGUCAUUGUAGUUAAGGGACAGUUGACCAGUGUACGGCUCAGUCUUACCUCUCAUAACACAGUUGCCAGUGUUGAGUACACUUGUAACUUAGAUUUUGCCUUAUAGGCUAUAUGUACACUCACUUUUUUAAAGCAUUAUUUUUCAGAAAAUCACUUAAUUCCCUAUGCUUCUAUGAUGUUUGUGGGAAAUGUCAAUGCUAAGUGAUAGAAACCCAUUCUUUCCUCAUAUUCUUCAGGCUUUGGUUACUUUUAUAUACACCAGUUUAAGCCUUUGACUUACAAAAGUUACCAGCUCAACACCCAGCGCUUAUAGAUUGGCAUUCUUGAUGUGAGAAUAGGUUUACACUGUAACAUAAUCUGAUAAUCAGCUUUUACAUUGUAAAUACUCCUGGUUUCCCAACUCUUGAGUCCAUUGAUCAAAAAGCAUUAACAUAUGCUCUGUGUUAUCUCACCCACUAGGAUAGGAUCCCGAGCGCUAUGCAUGCAAAAAGACUAGGUCGGCCCCUUAGCACACAGUUCAUAGUUAUGUGAUCUGUAUAAGUAGGUAUGUUCACAUGCACCAUGUGUAUGGCAAUAGGUUGUCUGUGUUCAGACAAAAGUAAAACAUUUUUCUAAAAUUGUUGAAUUUGAAGAUAUGGGUGGGGGGCGGGGGAGAAAUUUAUGAAAAAUAGGCUGUAUUUAUUGACAUAAAAAUUUUCCACGUAGAACCAAACAAUAAGAAAAUUGGAUCUGUACUGUAUAUUUAUAAGUUCCAUUGAGAUACUUCUAAUAUAUACUUCUGCAUUUUCUUCUGAGCUUCUCAUCUUUUGAAAAUGCAGCUUAGCUUUAAAAUGAGUAUUCACUUUGUGGUUCUAAGCAACACUCAGCACAUGCCACCAGUCUAUUGGUGGAUUUCUCAGUAUAAGACCUACACACCUAGAAACUUAAUAAAAGGUCUGCUGCUUUGUAAUUUCACUGUUCUGUCUACGUUAGUGUUAAUUGCAAGCUUUGAUUUUUUUUUACUGAAUCUUGGAGUCUACACUUCGAGCAGACCAAGUCCAAGGGAGAACGGAAAGAUGCUGUGUUCUAAAAUCACUUCUGUAUCAGUGUCGGGGCACAUCCAGUGAAAGAGUUCCUGGGCAUUUGUAAGAUGUCUGAAAGUUUUUUAGUAAAAUAUUAAACUUUUCAUUGUGUCUCA